AUGUAUCCCAUUCCUGGUUCCUCAACGUCUGCUCACCAAGCCCCUGUUCCUGCUAAUGCAUACGAAUAUGACGUCGGCAUUCUCGCUCAGCAGAGUGUCUAUGUACCGGGUGCCAUGAUUGACAAGCGGGGAGGUGCAGGAGGCAAACUAGCGAAAGGUGGCAAAAGAACGACGGUACUGCGUAAGGGUGCUGGAAAGGUCUGGGAGGACCAGACGCUGCUUGAAUGGAAUCCUUCAUGGUUCCGGCUGUUCGUCGGUGACCUCAGCAACGAUGUCUCUGAUGACGUCCUAGCCAAUGCUUUCAACCAGUAUACUUCUUUCCAGAAAGCUAGAGUAAUCAGAGAUCGCCUCAGCGGGAAGGCCAAGUAUGGAUUCGUCGCUUUCUCAGACCCGGAGGAUUUCCUCAAAGCAUGGAAAGAGAUGGACGGCAAAUAUGUUGGUAAUAGGCCUGUGAAGCUCAAAAAAGCCGACAACUCUGUCAACCCGGUCGAGAUUGGUCAUCGUAAAGCAAAAAUGCUGGAGAAAGAACUCAAGAAGAACAGGCACAAGCCCUACUGA